UCGCCUAUAAAAAGAACACCUCCUCCUCUCAUUUUCUUCAUUAGUUUUUGCUCAGAGCUAAACGAAAUUCUCUCCUAUUUUUCUCUUUCUUUUUAAAGUAGGUCUCAAGAGUAUAUGAUUUAUUUAAAAUUCGAAGAUUCUACUAUCGAGUAUUGCGAUACCGAUCUUAUUGUGAUUGUAUUCUUUCUUUUUAUUUUUAAAUCAGGAUUUCGUGAUUUUACCGUUGGGUGGAUAAAAUCGAAUAGCGGAGCGAAGUUAGAUAAUUUUUUUUCAUAUGAAGUAAAUCGAGGUUUGAAUACAUUAGAUGAGGAAAAAUCAUAUUAUAAGCAUAGUGUAAAUACCAACCAUCACUAAACACCCACAAACCUUAAUUCAUUUGUUAUCCGUAAUUGCUUAGCACAAGAAAUAAUCAAAUAUUAUUUAAAUAGAAAAUUAAAAAAUGGCAAUUUUGUAUAGCAAAAUAUGUUAUUCUUUUGAAAAUUCCAUCUGUUACACAUUCCUCUAAUUCUAUCGAUUGGAAAAAUAGUAUUAGUUACAAUUCCCUUCUAAAGCAUCCAAUGGCCAUAAUUUUUUUAUGAUUGUUAAUGAAGAGAAAACAGUGGACAGUGUCAUCACAUGGAAUUGGUUGUGGAUAAAACAAAACACCCCACUCCAUACAUGAUCCACUCUUCUCCUCUCAAUCUUCAUCCUCACUAAUGAAUUAAUAAUACAUUUAAAUAUAAAAUUAUUGAAUUCAUUAUUUGCUCGAUUCGGAAAAUCGUAAUUGAAUUCAGAUAAUGGAAGCUAGAAGACUCGCGAUCCUCUGUUCUCACCUGAACCCACCUGGUCCGAACCCGACCCGAGACCCGACUCUCAGGGUCUCCGAUUGUAGCUCUGGUUCUUCCGGCGACGGGAAAGUGGAAUCAUCUACUCUCCAAAACGACUGCGUUUUCUGCAAGAUUAUCCGUGGCGAGUCUCCAUGUCUCAAGUUGUACGAGGAUGAUAUGUGUUUGUGUAUUCUGGAUACUAAUCCACUAAGUCAUGGGCACUCUCUUAUCAUUCCAAAGUUACAUUAUCCAACCUUAGAGGAAACUCCUCCCUCAGUUGUUGCUGCCAUGUGUUCUAAAGUGCCUCUUAUCAGUAACGCCAUCGUGAAAGCUACCGGGAGUGGUAUGUUCGAUCACUUCUCAUUUCUCCAUCCAUUUCUUAUAUGAUGAGAUUAUUUGGAACUGUCUUUACAUUUAUAUUUCUGCUGGAAUUGCAUAGAAACCUGAGCAUUUUGAUGAUGGAGCUCCUCCUACUUUCCCUUAGCAACCCUGAAUCUAUAUGAUCCCAACCCCAUUUCUCUGCACAUUUUAUAUAGAUGGUUCACGGAACCUUUAAACCAUACUUACUCUUAUGCUAAACACUGGUUACUUAGAAGAGUAAAAGACUCGAAGUAUCAAUCUCGUCAUUAGUUUACGCAACCAAUGGAUACUUUACAUUGCUUGUGAACUAGGUUUAUUGUUCUUAUUUAGUGAUAUAGCAAUCUUUUUGCAAGUGAAAUAGAGUUAUAACGGGGUUUACCACUUGCUGUCAUAUUCUAAAGUAAUCUUGCCAUUCUUUCUGGAAUCUUUAACCAUUUUAAGGUGUAUGAUUCUGACUCUCAUUCGUUGUUCGAAACUAUUUCAUCUUCAUCAGACUCAUUUAACUUAUUGGUUAACAACGGCGCAGCAGCUGGACAAGUCAUAUUUCACACACACAUUCACAUAAUCCCGCGUAAGGAACGUGACUGCUUAUGGGCUUCCGAGAGCUUACGGAGACACUCUCUGAAACUUGACAAGGAAGCAUCUCAACUGGUAUCGUGUGUUCGACGACACUUGUGCAGCCUUCCUGAAGAACAACUGGUUCAACCCUCGUAAAAGUCCCUUCUCAAGAAACCCAUUGUUGUAACUUUAGAUACAGAAUCCAAACCCAAAGUAUAUUCUGUAUAGUUCAUAUUCAGUCUCAUUUGAUUUCAUCUAAAUUCUUGAAUCUCUGUUACUUUAUCAAGAUUUAGUGAUACAAGUAGAAGUUGGUCUCAUUCAAAUCAGAGGCUUGUUAGGUUCAUCUCCAGUAAUCAGUCUCAUUUGAUAUUAUCUAAUUCUUGAAUCCAAACCCAAAGUAUAUUC